UGCCGGGCUUUCUGCGUCUUCGUGGCGCUCUCCUUGUGCCGCGACGAGGUGAACUUGGUGCGUCACGCUGAGCAUGUCACCAAGACCAAGACCCCUGAGGACUACGCUGACAGUCACAUCGCCGAGCUGCUGUUCCUCAUGGAGCAGCUGCGUACCCUGGUGCAUAGGCCCGGCCCAGUGAUCCAGCGCUACCACGUCCAGUACCUGGCUCGCUUCGAUGCCCUGCUGCUCAGCGAUAUCAUCCAGAUUCUGACCGUCUGCCCUGAGGAGGAGUCCAUCGUCAUGUCAUCCUUCGUCAGCACCCUGUCAUCUCUCACCUUGAAACAAGCUACGCAGCUGCUUCUCUUUCCUGCAGUGGACAAAAAGGAGAAAUUCGACUUCUUAGGGCUUUGCCUGGACUGGUUCCGGCUGCAGGCUUACACUAGUGUGGCCAAGGCCCCCAUGCAGCUGCGCGAGAGCCCGGACAUGGGCCGUGUGAUGAACCUCAUCAUGUUCCACUCCAAGAUGUUGGACUCACUGGAGGAGCUGGUAGUGGAGACUUCGGACCUGUCGGCCUUCUGUUUCUACGUCCGCCCCUUCGAGAAGCUGUUUGCUCUGACCAUGGAGGAGCCGGCCAUGCUGCGCUUCACUAUUGUCUUCCCACUCGUCUGCAGCCUUGCCCGCUGCACCCACCCCAUGUGUCCAGAGGAGUAUCCCCACCUAAAGAGCUGCAGCCUGGGUCUAUGCAACAGCUUCCUGGAAGAGAUCGCCAAGCAGGCUGCCAACUGCAUCAGAGCAUGUGCCGAGCAGCGCAAACUCAGUGAGCAGCUGCUGCCCAAACACUGCGCCUCCACCAUCAGCAAGGCCCAGAACAAGAAAGCCCAGAAACAGCCCCCCAGGAAGGGGGAGCCGGAGCGGGACAAGCCAGGGGCUGAGAGCCAGAGGAAGGACCGGAUCGUGGUGAGCAACAUGGACAAGCUGCACCAGGUGCUGAGUGAGCUCUCCCUGAGCAUCAACCACGUCCCCAGCUUCACCGUGUUCAAGCACAUGGUCACACCGUCUGAAUACCUCAGCAGCUACCUGGAAACCCAGCUCAACAGAUCCUUCGUGUGGAUGGCCAGCUACAACCAGGCUACGCAGGCGAUUGCGCGGCCCUCUGAGGUGCUGGCUGGCCUGUGCUCCUACCUCGCCUUCAUCCAGUCGCUGGGGCAGUUCACGUGCGUGGACUCCAGCCGCAUCAUCUGCAAUGUACUGCUUCAGCAGACACAACCCCUGGACUCCAGCGGGGAGCAGACCCUCACCACCAUCUACACCAACUGGUACCUGGAGGCGCUGCUGCGCCAGGCCAGCACUGGGGCCAUUGUGCUGUCCCCAGCCAUGCAGGCCUUCAUCAGCGUCCCCAGGGAGGGGGAGCAGAGUUUCAGUGCAGAGGAGUUUUCAGACAUCUCAGAGAUGCGGGCACUGGCCGAGCCUGGUCCCUAUGGCAUGAAGUUUCUGAGCGACCACCUCAUGUGGCACGUCACCUCGCAGGUGGUGGAGCUGAAUAAGUUGGUGACUGAGAACAUGGACAUGCUGGUGCAGAUCCGCUCCAACUUCUCCAAACCAGAGCAGAUGGUAUCACUGCUGCCCAGGCUGACGUCUGCUGACAAUGUGCUGAAAAGAAUGACCAUCAUCGGGGAGAUCCUGAGCUUCCGCUCCAUGGCACAGAGUGGGCUGCUGAGGUGGGUCUGCUCCCACCGCUGCCCGUUCCUGACGGGCCCCAUUGAGUGCCCGAAGGACUUUGUCACCCCAGACAUGGACAUAAAGGUCACCUUGAGCAUCUUCGAGCUGGCCAUUGCUGCAGGGAUCCCAUGGCACAUUGACCCAGCCCUGGUGACUGCACUUUCCAACCUGAAGACAGACAGUUCGUCCCCUGAGGAGGAGUACAAGUCAGCCUGUCUGCUGCUGGUCUUUGUGGCUGUAUCUCUACCGCUCCUCGCCUCCGACCCCUUCUCCAUGUACAGCAUCGAGAUGGAUGGUUACAGCAACAAUAUCCACUGCCUGGCCAAAGCCAUCAUCCACGUGUCUGCCACGCUCUUCACCAUCCACAGCAAGAACAUCGAGACACACCUCAAGGAGACACAACACUCUGGGGCAGAAGGACCCCCCACCGCCGAAUUACUGCCGAAGAGGGACCCAUCACCGAAGUGCAGUCUGGUCUUCGGCGGUAAUUUGGUGCCCUUCAGUGAGGGCAUCUCCCUCCCCCAGCUGACAGCUUGA